GUAGUGUUGACAAAGGGCUCGGUGACAUCUGCCGUAUUGACUGCUGGUCAGUCUUAAAGCUAGUUUUUGUCGUUGAGAACGGGCUGCUCCAGUUCAGAUUUAAAGAGGUUUUCCUGGUAGUGUAGAGCUCGUAGUGUCUGUCCGCGGGAAGAAAAGCUGAUUUAUAAUCUAAAUGGAUGCGAUACUAAAUUACAAGUCGGAAGACGCCGAAGAUUAUUACACGUUACUGGGAUGUGAUGAACUAUCUUCGGUUGAACAAAUCCUGGCAGAAUUUAAGAUCAGAGCUUUGGAAUGUCACCCUGACAAGCAUCCAGAAAACUCCAAAGCGGUGGAGACUUUUCAGAAACUGCAGAAGGCAAAAGAGAUUUUGACCAAUGAAGAGAGUCGAGCCCGCUAUGACCACUGGAGAAGGAGCCAAAUGUCGAUGCCGUUUCAGCAGUGGGAAGCUUUGACUGACUCAGUUAAAACAUCAAUGCAUUGGGCCGUUAGAGGUAAAAAGGAUCUGAUGCUGGAAGAAGCUGCUCAGACACAUACAAAACAGAUAGAAAAUGAGAAACGGAAUGAACAAAGAGAAAGAAAGAAAGAGGAAAUGGAUUCAACCACAGAACAAAUGAAGCAGAAAGAGUGUGAGUCCCCAGAUAAGUUCAUCUCUCAACAAAAUCCAGAUUCUCCAGGUUUCUCUGAUGUGAACUGUCUGCACCUUCGUUUCCGCUGGUCUGGGGAUGCACCUUCAGAACUCCUAAGAAAGUUCAGAAACUACGAAAUAUGAAGCGUCCACAUUCCCUAAAAGUGGAGUACAGAACUGGAGCCUCUGCAGCCGACAGGCGCAUUUGCGCAGUCUGAAACAAGUCCUGUGUCCAUGUCAUGUCCACACUUAGCUCCGUGCCCAUUGAUUCCUCCAUCUGCCUGCCUUUCCCCCACACAGAACAUUUUCAGAAAACUCGUUUCUUUCAAUAACUGAAUAAAUUAAGAUUCUUAGAUCCAAACAGAUCAUGUUAACAUGUGCUUUCCUGUUAAUGCAAUUUACAGCAAUCCAUGUAAAACCUGACUUGUGUGUUUAAACAGUUCAUUGAUACACCAUAAUCGCUACUAGUGUAGCUAUACAGAAAAUGCUUUCUGUUCCCUGAUUUAAAUGAGAUGUGAAAGUGGUUGUUUAAACUCUAUUAUGUGAAAUAAAUAAUUU